AUGUUUGAAAGUGGAACUGAAAAUAGAAAUUCAAAUGGAACAGAAAAACAAUACGGAAGUCGAUAUCCUAACUUUUUGGUCGAGAUGGUGUCAUAUACGUCAUACCCAGAAUUCGAAGUUCUUGAUCGACUUGGUCGCAAGGCUGCAAUCAACGGCACCGCCGGUAGUCCAGCAGCGCGUACACCUCCAAAUCGCCAUUCCAGCAGUUCCAGCCGCGCCAGCUGCAAUCGACAGUUCGACACUAGCCAAGAAAUCAUAGGGGAUUUACAUCGAAUUAUUUUAGUAUUGCCUCAGAAACUCUCUAACGACUCCAUUCUUCAGCAGCCAAAUUCUUAUGAAGGUGAAAGUCUACUCCAUCUUCUUAACUCAAUUCAAAGAGAAAUCAAGUUGGCUAGACGUUCAGAUGAAUCUUUACCUUACAAAAUUUGGCUUAAGCAACAAUUUUCAAUUGGUGUCAAUGAUGUGACACGUGUGCUUGAACGGAUCCCACCACUUCAUGGAUCUUUAAGUUCUCCCACAGAAAGUUCUAAUGCUAAAAUGUCUCCCCUUCAUUUGCAGGCAAUACUUAUAGCAACAGACUGCAACCCUCGAUCGCUUACAAAGCACCUACCUAGCCUGGCCUCUUCUAGGGGCGUUUCCGUCAUUUUUGUUAAAGAUAAGAAAGGGGGCUCUUUUAAAUUAGGUGAAAUUGUGAAUCUUAAAACGGCUAUGGCAAUUGGAGUCAAGGCCAGAGGAAAUGCAGUUAACAAAUCCAUAGCCGAGAUUUUGGGAGAUAACGACGUUGUUGGGCCAUAAAAUCGAAGUUCAAGGAGAUGUGUGAUGUGUUCAUAGUGUUGGCAUAAACUUGAAAACAUUUUUGUUAAGAGGGUGUAAUUGAAACAAUCAUGGAACUUCAGGGGCUUGUUUAGUCUAUAUAUAUAUUUUUUAUAUCAAGGACAAUCUAGUAAUUUUAAU